AUGUCUGCUCCAGAAGUCCUCGAAGCCCUCCUCCAGCUCGAAGACUCUCCCGCGAAUUCUAGACCGACGAGAUACAACACACUGCUCUCCAAGAUCGUUUCCACCACAUCAGACGAGCACCUGGGCCCGAACCUAAUCGCAUACGCCGAAUCAAUACUGGGCGACUCCAAUGGCAUCGUGACCUCGCGACCGCUCCUAGCCUCCUUCGUCGAGGAAUACCGCAAUCUACAAGAUGCAAACACAAAGAUCGAAGUAGGCACCCGCGUGCUCGAGAUACUGCAACCCCGCGUCGUCUCCUUCGAAGAACAAGACACAAAGAUCAAAGAGUCGCUCUCAGACGCAUACCAGGAGCUCGAGGACUACUCCGGCGCUGCCAAGGUGCUCCAAACCAUCACGCUGGACUCCUCGCAGCGCGCCAUCUCCGACGACGACAAGGCACAGAUAUGGAUCAGGAUUGUGCGAUGCUACUUGGAGGACGACGACCCCACAAACGCCAUGUCGUACCUGAACCACGUGAAGAACGUCCUCUUCCACGUGCAGGACAAGGCGACGAAGCUCAUGUUCCAGCUCAGCCAGGCCCGCAUUUUGGACUCGCAGCGCCAGUUCCUCGAGGCCAGCGCAUCGUAUCACGGCGUCAGCUUCGAGGCCGACGUCGAUGAGGCCGAACGGCUCAUGGUGCUCGGCAAGGCCAUCACCUGUGCCGUCCUUGCUCCUGCUGGACCCACGCGGGCGAAGACGCUGGCCCGGCUGUACAAGGACGAGCGCGCCUCGACAAUCGAGCAGUUUGGCAUCCUAGAAAAGAUUUUCCUGGACCGGAUUCUCUCUCCGGAACAAGUCAAGGCCUUCGAGACGACGCUAGAACAGCACCAGCUCGCCAAAACCGCGGAUGGCUCGACUGUGCUCGAGAAGGCUGUCCUGGAGCACAACCUCCUGGCUGCAUCUCGGCUAUACAGCAAUAUCGGAUUCGAUGAGCUUGGGGUGCUUCUCGGCGUAAACGCAGAGCGUGCGGAGAGUUAUGCGGCGCAGAUGAUAGAGCAAGGCCGCUUGGCAGGGUACAUUGAUCAGAUUGACAGAUUCAUUUUCUUCGAAGGCGAAGGCAGUGGAGAAAGAAAGACCAAGCACGCUGAACGUGCUGUAGGCAAGGAGGUUCGAAAAUGGGACGCCAAUGUGCAGAGCUUGGCGGAAGAGGUCGAGAAAAUUACGACGUUGAUUCAAAAUCGGCAACCUGAGUUUUACGAGGAAAACAUGGCACAUUGA